AUGCCCAGGCUGCGUGGGCGUCAUACCGUCCUGCUCAGAAGCGACGGCAUCGCCGUGGCAUGUGAGGACAAGGGUUUUGGUCAGUGCGAUCUUCGGGCGCUGGUCGCGGGCAUGACCUACACCCAAGUGGCCGCUGUGCUACUCAGAAGCGAUGGCACCGCUGUGGCCUGCGGCGACGCUGGUCUUGGCCAGUGCAACCUCCCUGCGCUGGUCGUGAACCUGGUCUACACGCAGGUGGCCGCUGGAGUGAGCCACACGAUACUGCUGGGGAACGGCGGCGCGGCCGCGGCACGUGGUGGCGACAGCCACGGUCAGUGCGAGCUCCCAUCGCUCGCCGCAGACCUCUCCUACACCGCUCACCUGCUUCCGGCCUUGCUCCUGCAGGCGUCGCGCGCCGGCGACCCCGUGCGCUUCGCCACGCUCGGCGGGGCGGAGCGCCACGGCGCCGGGGAUCGUGGCUCACCUCCUCGCCUGGUGGACAUCCACGACCAGCCGAGCGCCGACAGCCGCGCGGGCAGGCUGGGGCCUGGAGCCUGGCGAGUCGACGCGGCCCUGCCGGCGGGGCCGGCUGCUCAGCGGCUUGCUCCGGCUCGGCCCCGCGAGCCCGCCUGCGCGAGCUCUUCCGGGCCCGUCUGCGCUCCGGGGGCCAUACACAUGGAGCGCAAGUGCGACACCAUAUCGCGAAAGCACAACGAGGUGCAGACCAGAGUAUGGGAAAGCUACCUCUCGACACUCUACGAAGAGUGCAUGUUGAAGGCGAAGGUGAUGAACUACACCUCGAUUGCCUGCUCCACCAUCAUCAUCGUGCUCAACGUGCUCGUUGUGGGCGCUACCGACCUCAAUAUCGGUUCGUUAGCUGUUGCGAUAUUCAUGGUCAUAGUAAGCGUUGUGAAGGCGCUACAGCUCAAGUUUCUAUACGACAACGUUGCCAUGGAGUGCCACGAUGCCAAGGCCGUUGCGAUGUUCGCCGAAAUCGUUACGGCGGGGCUCUAUGACUUGGUGCUCUAUGGCGCAGGCAUGCUUGGCUCACGAGCAUCGGAGCUCGGCCAGGGCGGCCUCCCCGUCAAGGGGCCGACGCCUCGCAUGAUCCUGUCGGCCUUGCGCUUGCGCUCAGACUGCGCAGCUGCCGUGCCCUGGAGGCUGGCGCUCACCGCGGGCCCGCGGCGCGGGCUGCUGUUCUCCUUCGCGUGCAGCCAGCACUCCAGGCAGACGCGGAGGCCCUGUGGGGAAGGCGUGGGUGCGCGGCCGCGCUCCAGCGGCCCCUCGGCCACGCCCUGGCACCCCGUGGGCGGAGCUCUGCUGCUGGUGCCCUGCGGUGUCUUGACCGUCGAGGGUUCUCGUUCCUGCCUUGGGUGCCCUGUGGGCAGUGCAGUGCUCUGCCUGUGGCAGGCGGCGUUGCGGGACCAGCUCCUGAAGGUCCGCGAGCUCAGAAACCAGGGGGACCAUGACAACGGCGUCAGCAACGCGGACUUCGACCGUGUGCGGAAGGGCGUGCUGGAGGCGAUCCAAGCAACUCCGGCUUACAUCUCUCUCGACCACAUCUCGGUGCUGAACCGCCGCGGGAGAAGGGUGAGCACUCAGGACGAGCAGGCCGCGUGCGCGGGGGAGCCGCUGCCGAGGAGGGGGGGCGCCUGGGACGCGGAGGCGCAGCCGCCGCCCGCGCGCCCGCAGCAGCCCGAGGCGGCGCACCUCGCCCAGGACGAGGGAGAGGCGGCGCACCCCGCGCUGGACGAGGGAGGCGCUGGAGAGCGGGCCGCUGAGCAGGGCGAGGCGCGGGGCGCCUCGGCGUCCUUCUCGGGGGCCCGCCGCCACGGCGCCCUGCCGGGCGCGGACCGGGCGCCGGCCCGCUCCGCCGACGUGGGGCUCGAGGCGCCGACGCUGCAGGUGCAGUGGGCCGUCCGGGCCGGGCUGCCGGAGCCGCCGCUGCGGGCCCUGCCCGGCCUGGGCACGCGCGGUGUCCGUGGCAUCGAGGACAUCAGACACCUGUGCGCGGCGAACGAG